AAUGUUUUGAUUAUGACGAUGACCUUUUAUUGUUCUUCAUCAUACUAGACAUUGCAGCUCCCAUCGGCAAGCAGCCGCUGUAUGUGUGUGCAAAGAGAGAGAGAGAGAGAGAGAGAGAGAGAGAUCAGCCCGUGCCAAUAAUGCAAUUUCACUUACAGAGGGAGAGAGAUUUUCUCUUUAAUAUAAAAACAGUUUAUUGACGGAGGACGAUGGACUGACAAACUGAUUCAAGGCGAACUUUCACCGGACACGCGCGAAUUUGUCAUUUAACGCCAGAAGGAUUGUAUUCGGUCUCUUAUUAAUGAUACCUUUAGUCUGUAAUAAUAAGAACAGUAAUAACUGGUAAUUCUUAAUAACUGGUAAACAUUUACUGUGAUCUCCGUAAUAUCUACUAAUCAAUUAGGCACCCAGUGUUCUUCGUGAGAACUGAAUUUCCAGGUGUACGUCAUCAUGGCAUUUGGGUGCCUCACCCUCUGGGAGAGACGGAACUGCAUCAGUCUAUCAGACGUAACAGAAAAAUAUGAGAUUGGACACACGCUCAGGGUGAAAGAGUUUUGUGAGCUCUGCGUGGCAAAGGAGCGGCUUUCCGGCAAGGUCUUCUUCUGCAAGAAAUUCCUCAAGAAAGAUGGGAGGAAAGUGCGCAAAGCAGCUAAGAAUGAGAUCAUGAUUCUGAACAUGGUGAGGCACCCUAAUAUACUACAGCUGAUUGAUACAUUUGAGACCAGGAAGGAAUACUUCAUUAUCCAGGAGCUGGCUACAGGGGGCGACGUGUUUGACUGGAUUCUGGACCAGGGAAACUACACGGAGAGGGACGCCUCCUGUGUCAUCCGGCAGGUGCUGGAGGCUGUGGCCUACCUACACUCACUCAGCAUCGUCCACAGGAACCUGAAGCUGGAGAAUCUUAUAUAUUACACAGAAAAUAACCACAACAAAGUGGUACUCCGCGACUUCUACUUGUCGAGGUUUGAAAAUAACGGCAUCACAGAGCCGUGUGGUACUCCUGAGUACUUGGCACCCGAAGUUGUGGCCCGGCGCCGGUAUGGUUGCCCAAUUGACUGCUGGGCUGUUGGUGUCAUCAUGUUCAUACUCUUGUCUGGAAAUCCUCCAUUCUACGAUGAAACCGAGGAAGACGACACUGAUCAGCACAACCGCAUACUCUUCUGUCGUAUCGUGGCUGGAGAGUUUGAGUUUGACUCCCCCUACUGGGAUGACAUAUCUCCUGCAGCAAAAGAACUUGUGUGCAAGUUGAUGGAGGUGGACCCCAUGCUGAGAGUCACGGCGCAGAAUGCUUUGACUCAUGACUGGAUCGCAGGCCAAGGGGCUUCGGAAAAAAAUCUGAAAGACGGAGUUUGCGCCCAGUUCAAGAAAAACUUUGCCAAAGCCAAAUGGAGGAAAGCGAUUCGCGUCACCACCUUCAUGCAGCGGCUCCGCUCCAUGGAGUCCAGCGGAGGGCCAGGCGAUGAAGACGUUGGAGCAGAGGUUGGGGAUGAAGCUGGAGGGAAGGGGGACGUGGAGGAGGUGGCUUCGGGGAGCACUGUGGAACUUUCCAAAGGAGGGCAGGCUGAAAACAAAGCCAUCGGCGAAAAAGAGGGGGGAGGUGAAAAUGGGGAUGUGGAAAAGGUAAGAGGAGACACAUGCCGUGGAGGUACAAGAGGUGGUGGUGCAGGAGAAAUCGGCUCAGCGAAACCACAGGCCUUGCUGAAAUCAAUGGGUGAAGGUACAGACACGAACAGUGCUGGGGGGAAGAAGGAAACUGUGACAGGGACAGGAGAAGCGAUGAUGUCAGAUGACAGAGCAUCCAGUGCCUAUCAGAAGACCUACAACAGCGAGGGCAUGAAGGAUUCAUGCGGUGCAGUGACCCAGAACUGCCAAAAGAGGGAGCCAGUGAUCUCUCCACAAUUGAAUGAUUGUUCAGGGCCUACUGCAAUGACAGUGACUCCAACAGCAGUUCAGAAGAUACCAUCGCUGGCAGACAAGAAGAUGCCAGAUGUGUCUACAGGAACCAGGUGCCAGUCUCAGCUUCCUGGGGCCAUGACAGGAAUUUCGCUGAACAGGUCGGAAGAUCUGAAACAAACAAGCAGCAAUGCUGGUGAAGAUGGAGGGGACCUUAAACUGAGCAUGAGCACCAGAAAAGGUGAGAAUUCCUGCACGUUAGCAGGUUCUCCAGGACUUGGGAACAAUAAUGGUGCGUCAGGUCAGAAACAGGGUGAGAUGCCAAGCCCGGGCCUUCGCUGCUCCCCCUGUCCCAGUGGUGCUACGUCUCUCGAUUUCGGGAAGGCAGAGGGAAGAAGCAGCGACUGGCAGAUGGACAGCGCCAUCGAGCAGAUCGAGAAGCACAUGGCAGCGGUGUUCGAAAAAAUGGAGGAGGACCUCCCCUCCCUACUGGAUCACAUUGCUGAGCCCCCCAAGAGAGGCACCUAGUCGCCCCCCCCAUUUCAGCUAUAUACAGAGGGCCAAACUACUCCCUCACUAUUCUUGGCCUCUCAUCAAAGCCUUCAAACCCCCCCCCCAUCCCUCAGACACCCCCUCAACCCUCGCAACCCCACCCCAAAGUAAUCCCCAAUGGUUUGGAGUGCCAGUGUUCAGCAGGUUCUCCAUCCUACCUGGUGGAACCGUGGCAGAUCUCGGGCAGAUAGUAACUCAUAAGGUAGGAUAGAACACCUGCUGGAUACUGGCCCUCCAGAAUCUCGGUUGCCUACCCCUGGCCUAGCCAGCCACCAAGAACAUCUAUGGUGGACAGAGACCGUACUAAGUGACCCAUGUACAUAAAACACAUUUAAGCACACAAGACACUGGCGAACAAAGCACGUGAAACAUGCACACAAAAAAAAACAAAUGCACACACACAAAAUGUACAGAUACAUACAAAUUAUUUUUUGCAUCGGAGACUUUAAGAUGGUGUCGUCAUGCACCGGUGUGAAGAAUAUACUUUCCACGGCAGCUGCCUGCAUUAAGACACCGAGAGCUCAGCGUGUCGUCCUGUAUUCGGGGAAGAUCUGAAAACAGCUUUGAGAAAACAUAUCAACUAGUACAAGCAGCAGGCUGUCAAUUACAGACAGGUAAACCUUAAUAUAGAGACAUAUUUUAAAAAGGAAAUAUGAAAAUACAUAAAACAGACUUUCAUAGUAAUAUAUUAUUUCCAAGUUUCCCGCUUACAUAAUCUGUGUAUAUAAAAAUUGCUAAAUGAAAAUAUGGCGGGAAAACACUAGCGCAUGCUCAGGUCCCUGUACGAAUACUGACCUCCUCCUAUUACUGACCUUCUCGUUGACCUUUGCACCUAUUACUCAGUUGUCAAAUGCGUUUUAUCCUUUUAUUUUUUUCAGAUUCAUUUACUUUUUUGUUUUUAGUAUUAUGGUUGUGGCUGCAGUUAUUUUCAAGGACACAUUCAUGAUUUCAUGAGUUUUGUUCGCACUCUGUAAUCAUUUCAAUAAAAGUCAAACGAAAGCUGUUUUGCGUUAUCAUGUGUGCUGUAUGUAUGUGCGUACAAUGAAAACUCAGUCCACGCCGGAAAAGCACUAAGCAAGACCGUUCGCUUUUGUGUAGAAUGAUUGUGAAUUUCGUCAAUGAGCAUUACUGGAAAUGUCAGCCAGCAGAAAAAAUGGAAUCCCUUUGCACUGGAGAGACAUAGAGUGACAAUAUAACCAAAGCCAAAAUAAGGGUAUUGGAUUAAUCCAUUUGACAUGACAUUUCAUGCUGGGGUAAGAAUAUAUAGGGCCCUGUCCUCUGAGCUUCUACAGCUGUCCAUGUCGUAACAGACACCUACACAAAAACGCAGAACCGCUUUGAGGCAAGAACCCAGUCUCAUUUACGGACUCAAAACAUAGUCAUUACCCACGUCUCAGGGAACGAACGAGGGAGGGGGUCGCUACAGGCACCACGAAGCGAAAAGGAGCUGAUCAACGCCCCUGUGUUUCCUCCUCUCCACCGUGGGUCUCCAGAGGCCUGUUUAAAAGGCAGCCUAAUUGCCGCCAUCUGAGUGCGGUUAACUCGUCUAGUGCAGGUGCUCCGGCUCGCAGACAGCAGAUGGUCCGUGAGUCUCCCAGCUGCCUGCCGUGCAUUUUGACAUUAUAUUCGAACACGUAGGUGUUCACUUUUCAUGAGUCUCACGCUAACGAUCAAUACUCACAAGUGUGGAUCAACUUUCUCAUUGUAUUACAUCCAAGCCACAUUCUUUAUUCUAUGAUAAUUUAUAGAGGUGUAAAGUUCAGGUCCAGAAAGUACAAAUCCAGACCAUGGAUUAUACUCAACCAACCAGGUGAGUAUAAAGAGUCACAAUCACGGAGUGCUCAGCUGGCUGGUUGAAACAAAACCUUGGCCUGGAUUUGUACUUUCUGGACCUGA